AUGUGGGUCUGUCACUAGUCACUAGAUCAGGAACCUGCCGGUGAAACUAGCUGUUGACAAGCUUAUCACUGAACAACAUUAUGGACAGUAACACAAAUUUUCCUGGCGAAUUCCCGUCCCAGGAAGAAACUUUUCUGUUCACUUCUGAAUCAGUUGGAGAGGGUCAUCCAGACAAAAUUUGCGAUCAAGUGAGUGAUGCAGUACUUGACAGUUUGUUACGAGUUGACCCCUAUGCAAGGGUGUCUUGCCAGUGUGCUGCCAAGACAGGCAUGAUUUUUGUCUGUGGAGACAUCGCUUCAAAAGCUUCUAUUGAUAUUCAAAAGGUGGUACGGAGCACCAUCAAAAACAUUGGAUAUGAUGGCAGCACAAAAGGCUUUGAUUACAAGACUUGCAAUGUGCUGCUAGCAAUUGAGGAGCCCCAUUCAAAUUCCUUUUCCAGUCACUAUUACCAGGAACCAGACGGCAGCUCAGCAGAAAAUGAUCCUGCAGGCGACCAGGGUCUGAUGUUUGGUUACGCUACAGAUGAGACAGAGGAGUGCAUGCCCCUGACCAUUCAGCUCUCCCAUCAGCUCAAUGCCCGAAUGGCACAGCUGCGUAAAAGUGGGGAGCUGGCGUGGGCAAGACCAGACUCUAAAACUCAGGUGACAGUGGAAUACAAAAUUGACCGAGGUGCAACAGUGCCCAUGCGUGUCCACACAGUGGUCAUCUCGGUGCAGCAUGAAGAGCAUGUGACCAUGGAGCAGCUCCGGAGUGACCUGAUGGAAAAGGUCAUCAAGCCUAUCAUCCCGUCAAAGUACCUGGACUCUAAGACUGUCUACCAUCUUCAGCCUUCUGGACGCUUCAUCAUCGGCGGGCCUCAGGGAGAUGCUGGUCUGACAGGCAGGAAGAUCAUCGUGGACACGUACGGUGGCUGGGGCGCUCACGGCGGUGGGGCUCUCUCUGGCAAAGAUGGUGCGAAGAUUGACCGAUGUGGCUCGUACGCGGCUCGCUGGGUGGCUAAAUCUCUGGUGAAGGCUGGUCUGUGCCGAAGAGCCCUUGUGCAGAUUUCUUACUCCAUGGGAGUUGCAGAGCCUUUGUCCAUCACUGUCUUUAGCUUUGGGACUUCGUCUAAAAGUGAAGAAGAAUUAUUGGCCAUUAUCAAGAAGAACUUUGACUUGCGACCUGGAAAAAUUGUCAAUGAGCUGGACCUGAGGAAGCCAAUCUUUCAGCAGACGGCUUCAUACGGACAUUUUGGCCGGCCGGAGUUCUCGUGGGAGGUCCCCAAACGGCUGGUUCUCUGAGAUGUUACACGGACAUGCAAACCACAUAGUUACUUUGCAUAUUUGAAACCUUUAGGCACAUUUCCAGGAUUUUUCUUUUCCAUAGGCUAAGUAUAACCUUGUUUUUAGUCCUGUGUAAGUUCCUGCUUUGAUGGAAUAAUAUAUCUGUUUUGUUAUCCUGGUCUGUGAACUGUAGCAAAUCAGAAGAGGAAUAAGUGAUUCACUUAGAUGUAUUUAUUAGUUUUGCUAGUUAUUUUGUUGUUGUUUGGUUUUACUUCGCUUUCUAAAUAGUAUGUUUAGUAGAAAGGCUAAGUAUGUUUUCACCAUAGAUUCAGGAUACAAUAUAUGUAUCAUGUAAAGAACAAUCAUGCUGAAACCAGAAAAAUACUGUAUAUUGUGGCUCAUAAAAUUGGAUGCGCAAGUUUUUUUACAGUCAAACUCUUUUUCUUGAUUUUCAGUACUGGUAAUAUUUGUUUGUUUUUCAAAAUAAUAGAUUUUUUUUUUUCCUCUUUUAUCCUAAUUAUACCGUUAAUGAAAUGUUUGGUAAAAUAACUAGUUUUUGUACACCUACCAAAUAAGUUUUCGCUGGGUUUUUUUCACAUUAACGGCAUGUUUGAAUCUCAACUUCAAUUUGGUGGAAAUUAUAUGCUCACUAUUGUUAUGACAUGUUAAUGGAUCACAGAUGCUCAGAUUUAUUCUUGAAAUCGUCAACGGAAUCUCUUGCUGCUUGUUUUGUUUUUGAUACUAGAAUAUCUGUUGGAGCUUACUUUUCAUCUUCGUGGCCAUAUACGCCUUUUGGCAUUAAUUUUUAUGAGGCACAUUUACUAUGUCCAUAGUCGUUUUUUACCUGCAUUCUGUUGCAAGUCCUGUCGAAUCCAUCUUGAAGUGUACUAAAUUUGUUGAUUAUUUUGCUGUCAGAAAGAAGCUGAAAACACAAUUGCCUCUUUGCUUUUUAAUUUUAAAAAAUGUUUGCUCAUCUUGUAUUCGAGGGGUAGUAAGUGCUAAUGUAUUGUUCAUGUCAGAAGAUUUCAAAAUAAUCAAUGACUUUUUGGUGUUUCAAAACAAUGAUGAACUUUGCAUCUUUUGCUUAAGUCUAUAAAGGUGAAAUCUGAUAUUCUUGCCUGUUCUGUUUACAAAUAUUUGAGCCAAGCUUUAUGUCUGAUUGUUUUACUUUAUAUAUAUGUCUGAAUUUUAAUUUGACAUUCGAUCUUUUUACUUUACAGUUCAUUUUCAUGAUUAUGAUUCCAUUUAAUUAAUAUACUCAUCUUUGUCCUGAAAUUUUUAUCUUUAAAAGAUAACUAGAUUACCUGUUAAAAUCUUUGUGUCAAAUGUUUCAGGUCUCAGAAAUAUUCAGUGCAAUGCAGUUUUGUUUUUUAUUUUUAGUUUUGAAUUGUAUGUGCCAUUCCUUGAAGAACAAGACUUUGCUCUCAGAACUUCUUGGAGCAAAUUCAAAGACUUAAACUCCCUUUAACUCUUUAUCCUGUUCAAAGAUCCCCUUUCUGAAACACUACUCACUACUUGUUUUUUGACUCACAGGAGUAUGUAAAUAAUGUCCCACUGUAAUUUUAAAAAUUAUUUUUGCUUGGUGCAGGAAAAAGGGGUAAGGGAAUGCACAGAGGCUGCUUGGGCCAUUGCAGAGUAUGCUGUCGGAUGGAGAUUCUGUCUCUGAAUAGGGCAGUUGAUAGCAGAAGAGGAGAAGCUGCUUAAGAGUUUCCGGUUGUUGUUGGUUUUUUUUGCCUUGCUGUUGAAUUAGGUAUUGGAAUCGUGUUUACAAAAUACUGAGGUUUAGUGUUAUUGGAAUAUAAUUCUUGGGAAGCCACUUUUUGCAAGAGGCAUGGUGCUUCACUCUGGUGCUAAUGUUUCUGUUUUUUAAGCUCAGUCUGUGAAUGUCUUGGGAUUCUUUUCUGAUGUUGCAUUCCUGACUAAAGGGUAUGUAAUAUCUUGCUCCUAAUUUCUCGGAUAGGGAAACUGUCGCACUAAUGAAGAAUGCUUUCACAGUUGAAGAUAGAAGUACAGGUUUCCAGGUUAGAGAUGCUCAGGCGACGUUCAGAAUCAGCAGACUGCUAUAGAUAGAUGUUCAACGGUCCCUAGUGGCUAUUUGGAUGGCAACAGAGUCAAAAUUGUAUCAGUAUCAAGCAAUUAUUAUUAAGAAAACUAACUAAUUAUUCAUUGCAGAGACACCAAGUAUUGAAGACUAUUGUCAACUGAGGUAUAGCAGGAAGUACCCAAAAGUUUGGGCUUAUGGUGUGCUGCUGUUGUACUAAGAAUGUAUUUUCCAAAGCACUAUACUGAUUUUAGACUCAAUAACGGUUCUCAGAUUGCUUUAAUGUAGCAAUGAUUAAGCUAAAUGAAAAAUUAUUUACUUAGGGCUGCAUGAGAACAAGCUAAUAGAACGUCUUGUCAUUUUGAACACUGGAAUUUUUUAACCUUGAUUUUGCAAGUCUUUUAUGGUGGUUAUAUUUUUUUGUACUCUUGAAACCAGGAUGUGAUUAUAUUUUUCCCGUAGCUCUCUUUAAUUACAGCUUUGUCCUGACUUGGUUUGGUGUGCAUUUUUGUGCUCCAGUUUUGCUUACUUGCUGUUGUUUUAUCUGAGCCACGACACUUAUACAGCCAUGUUGUUUAUAUUCAUGUCCGAGUGGCUGAGGCCGAUCAUGAAUUAGUCAGCCUCAUCAGAACAAAUCUUGUUUUGGAGUGUUUGAACAAGUCUGACCUGGAGAGAUUCCCGUUUAUCAUGCGCGUUUCAAGCCUGAAUGUGCCCUCCUGAAAGAAAAUAAGAACUAUCAAAGAGGAGUUACAUCUGUUCACAUUCUUUUUCUUUGCGGAUUGUUAGUAGGUACUUGUGUGUGGUCUGCUUCUCCUCCUGUUAGUCUGUUACUGUUUUCCCUGUCUGUUGUAGACAAAAUGUGGAUGUUGUUGUGUCGGCUCCCCCUGCCUUUUCUUUCCUUACGCUCUACAAGGUGAACACUGUUGUCAGAAAGUGAAACCAGCGAUUUGUGCUAGGAUCAGGACAUUUCAGAGGUAGAGACUCAGUUAGAUCAAGGCAUUGUGCAUUGUUUGAGGCGGUGCCUCUUUCCUUGUGCCGGAAGUCCUUUUACGUGAGAUUCAUUUUAAACUGCUCGACCGUCUUAUGGCUUUGAUAAAUCACUGCAAAAAUAAAGUCAUUCUCUUAGAUAGGAAGAACUCGUCGAGGUUCUUCCAUUACGCAGAAGUAUCAUUUUCAUAACAAGACCGAAAAGCAUAGCCUACUUAUUGCUAGUUGAGUGGCUGGUGUGGUAGGCCCACAUGUAACAAAAUCAGAAUUAAAGCUGCAUGUGUUUAAAAGAUUAUUGUCAUGGUCACAUAAUGAUGCACUGUUUGUUCAUUUUGCUGUAGUAGCUUUGUGUACGCUCGGCUUUUAGAUACUUAUUGUUUGCUAUUGUUUUUGUGGAGUUGUUAUUUUUAAUCAGCUUCCCUUACGUAGUCAUACCAGAUUGUUUCUGAUCAUGGUAUCAACUUAUUACACUGUGGUCUAGUUCCCAGUUGUAUUUCGGAACAAAGAUUUUUGAUCACUUGGGUCCUCGACCUGUUUUGGGUACUUUUUUUGUGGUUUAUUUUUUUAAUGAUCUGAUUUCCAUGAGAUUCACUUUGUUGGGGUUAUUCAAUGAAAAUGUUAUCCAUUUACCAAUGCCGGUAUGAAUAAAUGUGGACUUUUGAUUUCA